UAUAAUCCGCGAGGAGUGACGUUCGACAUGACAGUAGUCGCCAUGUUCCACCCUGUGUUUCUGACGGUUGGAGACAAGGCGUGGCACAUCAGCUGUUUGUACGCUUCAACGGAGACAUCGGUCACUUCUUCACUGGACGUCAGUGAUCUUCCCACGCAGUCACUGACCCAUGAAAUCGCAGCUCCGGUGUGCACCUACGGGAUAUACAACGACUUGAACAGUGAGGAGCGCGCUCGAAUAGCCGUCGUUGGUCAGCCGGUAUAUCAUAAAUGGCAUUGCGACACCGACGCAGAAGACAUAUACUGUGCCGAAGUACAUUCGUGUGAGGUUAGCGGCGGUCCGAACACAAGCGUCGUCAUCGUCGAGGAAAACGGAUGCGUGAAAGACACCUACCUGAUGAGCCAAAUCAAAUAUACCGGUCGUCUGACUGCAGUGUCCGAAAGUCCGGCCUUUAAGUUCGCCGAUACGCCCACUUUGCAUAUUAGGUGCCAGAUUCGUCUGACGCUCAGUGAUGGCCAGCCCUGUCAGAGAUCAUCAAGCAGCUGCAAUGCCAAUGAUCGGCGACGAAGAAGCGUUCGUUCUAGUAACAUUGUAUCUUCUGAGGAUGGAGCAGAUAUCGAUGUUUACUCAAACAGUCUUGUCAUUCUAGACGUCGAGGAGAGUCCGGGUGAGUGGAAAUGA